UUUUCCUUUUUGCUGACAAGAAGAACAAAAAAAAAAGUUUUCAACCAAUCAAAUCUCGCCUACCGUCACCACCAAAUGACGUCUUUCAGGUGCCUAAACAAUAAGAGUUUGCAGGGAGAAUGUGUGUGCGUACUAAUGUGUGUGUCAAGUCAACAAAAGCCAUGUUUUACCGGGCAGAGAGUCGGUGAAGGACUACCAAGCCUAGAGAAACCGGAAGAAGUGAAGUUAUGACGAGAGUAUGGCUGAUAAAGGCCCUUUUUUAACUUCAUGUAUCAUCUUCUACUUGUCCAUCGGAGCGGCGAUAUUCCAGAUCCUCGAAGAGCCCAACUGGGAGUCAGCCCGCAGCAAAUAUCUUCUUCAAAAGGAAGAUAUUUUAAAGAAGUACCCUUGCCUGAUGAAAGAAGAUCUGGAUGAGAUUCUGAAGGUAGUAUCGGAUGCUGCAGGCCAAGGUGUGUCCAUCACAGGGAACAAACACCACCACAUGUGGGAUUGGGGCAACUCUGUCAUCUUUGCUGCAACUAUUGUCACAACAAUAGGCUACGGUAACGUUGCUCCAAAAACCAAAGGAGGCCGUGUGUUCUGUAUCCUGUACGGUCUGUGUGGGAUUCCAUUGUGUCUGGUGUGGAUCAGCACACUGGGUUCGUUCUUUGGAGACCGAGCCAAACGCCUCUCCCAAGUACUGAUCCGUAGAGGCGUGCCAGUGAAACGUGUUCAGCUGAUCUGCACAGCAAUCUUCCUCUUAUGGGGGCUCUUUGUGCACCUGGUGUUUCCGCCAUUGGUUUUCAGGUCCGUGGAAGGAUGGAGCUACUUGGAAGGCCUCUACUUUUCUUUCAUAACCCUCACAACUGUUGGAUUUGGGGAUUAUGUAGCAGGUGUGAAUCCAAACAUUGACUACCCGAGGCUGUACAGAGUGCUGUCAGAGAUCUGGAUCUACAUGGGCCUGGCGUGGCUCUCGUUAUUCUUCAGCUGGAAUGUCAACAUGGUCGUGGAGGCCCACAAGGUGUUUAAGAAGAGACGAUACGAACGCAAAGGCAAACACGUGGAGACGCCCGUUGACACGCCAAAAACGACCGUCGUCGACAUAUUUAAGUUCUUAUCAGAGAAAGAGGAAGACUACAGUACCGUCAUCAAGAUGAUCGGAAUGACGGCACCAAAGGUCAAAGCGGCCGAUGUUUUCAAUCGCUCCAAGAGCUGCAGCGACAUCUUGACCACCAGCAUCGAGAUGCUGGAUCACUCGCCGCGGCACCGAGGGCCGUUGAGCAUCAGCGAAGUGUUUCUGAACUCUGUGGGCGGCAAAAAGGAAGAAAGCCAAGAGAAGUGCGGGACGGGAGAAGCAACAGAGAGCGCGGGUAGCGACGACACACACAGCGAUGGCGUCAGCGCCACGAAUGAGAGCAUUGAAUUUAAUGUAGCAGCCUCAACAACGCAGGGAGGAAGGUCACAACUUAACGAGAGUGCCACUCGAUUCACAAUUUGCAAAGUAGAAGAGGAAGAUUUAUCUCAUGAUGAAAUGGGGUAGUUUUUUCAAUUUUUUUUAUUUUUUUAACAUACGCUCAUAAAAAAAAGAUAAUUGGCUUUCGGGUGAAAUUUCAGGAUAAUUCUAAAAUUCCCUUUAAUAUUCACAGGUGAACUUAAUUUGACCUUCUCGAAAACUUUGAAUGCAAAUGUUCAAUAUUUUACUACUUAUCCAACUGAAUAAUUCUCUGAUCCAUGAAUGGACCAAUAUCUAUUACUGUUUCAUUCAAAUAGGAAAUGUAUCAACCUUAAUCAUGAUGUUCACAUUUUGCAUCAUUGUUGAUCAACAGCGUUGCCACGGUAUGUUUUCACUGAUCAAAUGUAAUUAUAUUGCACUUUUUUCAUGCACAGGCAAGUUGCAACACAAAGUGCUUAGUUUAAGAAAAAACAAACACAUGCAAGCACAGCACAAUGAAGUUAAGUUAAAGUACCAAUGAUUGUCACACACACACUAGAUGUGGUGAAAUUUGUCCUCUGCAUUUGACCCAUCCCCUUUUUUCCAUAUAUUAAUAACUGCACUAAACUGUUAGCUGCAAAAAUAGGAGGAUUUUGUAAAUGUUUGUUUACAUAUCAUUAUUGUUUCCAAGCAAAACGGCUGAUCAAACAAAAAUGAAAAGUGGUUGAUGUCUUUAGUCGUCCUUUAGGAGAUCAAUAAGAUUUUCUAAUUUUUUUAAGGUUCAAGAGGGUUAUCAGGAUUCUUCCUUGUACAAUGUAAACAUGUUGAGUUUGAACGGUUUCUUAAAGUGGAUAAUUUGAGAACAUUGUUUGGUUUCUUUGCUUGAUCCAUUCCGUAAUUUAGCCUUAGUCGUAUAAGCAGCAGGGAUUAAUCCUUGGGGAAAAAGUAACGGCAAAAUACAUAAAAUACUGACAAUGACUGUUGAAAUAAAAUCAAAGUUAAGAUUGUUGAUAAUAAUAUUAUCAGAUUGCAAUGAAAUGCAGAAAAACUAGAAGAGUGUAUUUGUCCAUUCAUGGAUUGCACAACUGUUAGGCAUUUUGCUGUUUUGUUUUGUUUCAUUUGAGAAGAGCAAGUACAUUUGUCCCUCCCCACAUUGUGCUUCAAAUAUUUUUCAUCACGUUACAGAUUUUUUAAAGCACAACUUGUAACAUGUUUGCCUUAAAUUAAGCCUUUUUAAGCAUAAAAAUGGCUACAUAUAAAUAAACAUUACUAUAAAGGAUUAAAAGUGUGUAAAGGGGACUAAAUUGUGUGAUUUCAUGUGCAGAGGGCUCUCAAAAUGUUAAAAUUUUAUUUAGAAGCUUAUAAACUAGUGUUUCAAUGCUCUAAUGAUGGAAAAAGCAUAACUAUAAUUGGUUACUACUUCGCAGAAAUUAAUUCAUCACAACCUUGUACUGAAUUAAUUAACAGCGAUAUAAACAAGGGAUUAGUAUCGUGUAACAGUAGAGAAACAAAUAAAUGCAUUCGGAAGUUCAGAGAAGGUCAAAUAAAAUUCAUCCGUGAAAAUUAUUGAGCAUUUUAGGUUUAUCCUAAAAUUUCACUUAAAAGCCGAGUAACUAUUUGUGAAAGGUGUAGUCAGGACCUGUUCCACACCUUUUUGGGAGGUAUUAUAAUUUUAAUGCAUUAACUUCAGGGAUGUCCACUUUUUUCAUUGAGGGCUGCAUAGUGACAUUGGAGAAUGCUGGAAGCCUUUUAGAUAUGUUUCAUACACUUAAGAAGCUAAUUAAUAAGUAUAGUUACUUGACCAAGGGAUAAAAAAACCAACUAUCCACACCCAGAAAAUGGCCACUAGACCGGACUUUGGACGGCCUUUAUAUACUUGAACUGAAGAUCUGUCUCUCUCUUCUGGGAAGACCUCUGAGAGUGUCUGAUUUCCAUCCAUUCACCCUGCUGACUUUCAACAUUUUCAGCAAAGUGCCACCUAUAUUUCUUUGGACACAUUUGGAGAUGUAUCAACUUUUCUCUAAAGUUUACUGUUUUAUUAAAUAUUGAUGUCACAGGCUUUCAUUGAAGACAUUUGUACAAAAAAAAAAAUGUUCCUAUAUUGGCGAUAUGCUGACAGUGCAAGCGCAACCCAGCUUGUGAGGGCUUGUAUCUUCAGCUUUACAGGUAUGAGGUUAGUUUGAAUUCAAUUUCAGCAAAUCUUUGGUUAACACAUUUGUAUACUUGUUUGUCAUACAUGGUUAGUUUUCCCAUCAGGGGUCACCACAGGGAGUGAUUCUCAUGAUUUCUUUUGCUUAGUUUUACACCGGAUACCCUCCAAGGAUUUCCUUCCUGACAAAUCACUGCCAUUUAUCCGGGCUUGGGACAGAGGAACGCCAAAGGAUGGGAAUCGAACAAUGGGCCAAAAUUUCCCACAUAUUGUCGUUUAUUCCCUGAGGGGAGGCUCACUUUAAUAAACAAUUCAAUGGUAAACCUGC